AUAGUUCGCGGAGAAGAAACGAAGCGUUUCGUGGUCAUUUGUCUGUGUUACUACAGCACUGAGAGUGUUCUGUGGCUCUGAAACAUGAGCGGCCAAGCGGAGGAAGAAGGUCCGCUGGCCAAAGCCUCAAAAGCCGCCGAUGAUCUUUACCAACUCCGAGAUACCUGUUUUCCGGCGAACCCAGAUGAAAAAAUCGACAAGUUGCAGAAAGAAUCGGAUCUUGCUAUCAAGCUCCUCGACUCUAUCCCUCCCGAACAAAGAAAAUUUCCCGUGGAACGUGCAACAUAUGAGUAUUUGAGAGGAAAGAUAUUGGAUGUAUUUUCUGACUAUAAGAAAGAAGCAGAGGAUCAUCUCUCAAAAGCUGUUAAGUUGAAUCCAUCUCUUACAGAUGCUUGGCUAUGUUUAGGUAACUGCAUUUGGAAGAAGGGCGAUCUGUCUGCAGCGAAGAAUUGCUUUGCCCUUGCACUAAGCAAGGGUCCAAACAAAAAGAUACUUUGUCAAUUAUCAAUGCUUGAAAGAAAAAUGGCUCAAGGUACUGAGAAUCAGGCAGAACUUGUUGAGGAAAGCAUUCAACAUGCUAAGGAAGCUAUAACUUUAGACGUUAAGGAUGGGAACUCUUGGUAUAACCUUGGAAAUGCAUGUCUUACUAGUUUCUUUGUGACUGGAGCUUGGGAUCACAGCAAACUGCUGCAGUCUUUGAAGGCAUACCAAAAUGCUGAGAAAGAUGAUGGAAUGAAGUCCAAUCCAGACUUGUAUUUUAACUGUGCCACUGUAAACAAAUAUCUGGAGAACUAUGAGAGGGCCCUUACUGGAUUUGAAGCUGCUGGUUUAAAAGAUCCAGGUCUCAAGGCUACUGAGGAGGUGCAAAAGAUUGUCAAUCUUCUGGACAAAUUAGAUAAUUUGUUGAGGGGACAUGCUAGAUCUAAACGGCUUGCAUCUUUAGCAUCGUCUCUGGCUUCUGUGAAUUUGAGUUCGUCGUAUAGAAGAGCUACUAUAGAUGAUCUAUCUGAUGGUCUCAACAAAGGAGCAGCAGUAGUGGGAAAAGUGCUAUUCUUUAUCAGGCAUGAGAAUGUUGCUCCCCUGUACUAUUUGUUAUGUGAUUCAAAUGAAAAAUGCUUUGCUCUAUCAGUGUAUGGUUUACGAUAUGAUGCAAUCAAAGAAGGAGAUCAGAUAAUAUUGUUGGAACCUUUUUAUCGUCAAAUUGAAUUUUCUUGGAAAGAAAAGUUUUACCAUUUCAAAUCAGUUCGUGUCGAUUUCAUAGAGCAACUGCUUGUUAAUGGAAAGGCUUUUUCUCCUCAGCAAGGAGUUCGUGCUUCAAUUUAUGCACAGCAUAAACCAUAAAAUUUUCAUGUGAGUGGAAUUAUCUGCAAGUUUUUGUGGUAUUGUUGGGUCUUUGUUGGUCUGCCCAUUGCUUUAUUUAAGCUGUAUCAUUUGUAAAUAGAAUAGGGGAAUGAAUGAAAAGCUAUACAGGUGAGGAACUCUUGUCAAAAGCCGCCUAAGGAGACUGAUACAUCAUGUUGUGAGUUUGCUAAAGCUUGGUUAAAUUUGUAAAAUGGGUUUAUUUUCGAACUCUGUUUUGCUUGCUGGUUGAAUAUUCUGUAAUUCUUUUAUGUUUAAAUAUCUUCCCUCCUUGUCUAGAA